AUGCCGAACCGACAUGAAAAGGGUAAUCGCGUAGACGAGAAUCCCUCAACAAGCACUAGAGACGUCGCUAGAGAAGUGCAAGUAUCAAAAACUAAAGUGUGUCAAACGCUGUGUGAAGAGGGGCUGUAUCCGUUUCACGUCCAACGUGUACAAGCCCUUCAACCUGACGAUUUUCCAGCAAGAGUGCGGUUUUGUGAGUGGUUGUUGCAUCAACAUGACAAUAAUCCGGACUUUUUGAAGUGCAUAUUGGUGACAGACGAAUCUACGUUCACGCGUAAUGGGGUGAAUAACUUUCGCAACACUCAUGUUUGGUCAGUAGAAAAUCCGCACGCUGUCCGUCGGGCACAUUUUCAACAAACAUUUUUGGUGAAUGUUUGGGCUGGCAUGGUGAACGAACAUUUUCGCGCCAUAGCUUAUUACAACCUUCAGAGACAAUUAUUGCAACAGCAAUACCUUGCUGAGUUACUGUCUGUUUUCGACAACGAAGCACCACAUCAGUCAACAAUUUUCCGUUGGUAUGGAGAAUUCAAACGUGGACGGGUGAGUCUUAGCGACGAUCCAAGGGUGGGUGCACCAGAACCGGCAGUCACCCAGGAAAACGUCGAUGCUGUGCGCAAACUCAUAAUUGAAGCUAGACAUGUGACAUAUCGCGAGAUUGAGGCGUUCUUGAAGAUCUCAAAGACCUCAAUUCAAAAAAUUUUACAUGAAGAAUUAUUAGUAAGAAAAUUAGUUUCUCAGCAGAAAGCAGCCAGGGUCAAUUGGUGUCAAAAAACGCUUGACUGUUUCAAUUCCAGAAACUCAAAAAAUGUGUACAGCAUUGUUAGUGGUGAUAAAUCGUGGAUUUACUGUUAUGAACCAGAAAAUAAACGACAGUCAGCUGUUUGGGUGUUCCAAGGUGAAGAAAAUCCAACAAAAGUCAUCCGCUCUCGAAGUGUUUCGAAAAAGAUCCAAAGAACUGUUACUGCGGAUUUGUAUACCACCAUUUACAAUGCAAGCUCGCACACAGCCCAAAAAACAAAGCAGUAUUUAACGGAAGAAAACGUGGAAUUAUUGGACCAUCCUCCACAUAGUCCCGACCUAAGUCCUAACGAUUUCCUUACUUUGCCAAAAAUUAAAAACAGACUGCAUGGUCAAAGGUUCCAGUCACCAGAAGAAGCAACUGACGCAUUCAAAAAUGCCGUUUUGGAUCUGCCAGCAAACGACUGGAAUAAGUGCUUCGAAAAUUGGUUCGAGCGCAUGCAGAUGUGUAUUAAUCUUCGAAAAACAAUAAAGUGA